AAACAGUCAUCACUGCUCAUCCUCCUCCUCCCUUCCUCCAUCUCCCAAGAGACAAAACACCAUCCCGCACCCGCCCCCCCCCCCCCCUCCCNCCCCCCUCCCCUCUCUUGAAACGCAAACCAGACGUAACCAAUCUUUUUCUUUUUCUUCCUUUCCUCCAUUUCCUUCCUCCUUAAUUUCUUCCACUGUAUCAUAAUUCUCAUAAACCCCAUCUCCGUAACGAUCCUUGAAAACCCUUCUGUAAAUUUAUUUUUAGCUCUUUUCUCUUCUUUUUCCCUGAAUUUUUAGAUUUUUUUCUUUGGUUAACUCUAGAUGUUAGAGCCAUGGACAUAGCCCCCACAAGCACCACCCCACUAAGUACCACCCCCAAAUCGCCAGAGCCAGAGAGUGAAACACCAACCCGGAUCCAACCCACCAAGCCCGUAUCUUUCACCAACGGUGUUCUUAAGCGCCACCAGCCUCACCACCACCCAGUCCACCACCACCACCAUCAUCCCCACGCGCCCCCCAUCGUCAUAACCUACAAGAAAUGUCUCAAGAACCAUGCAGCCAACUUAGGUGGCCAUGCUCUAGACGGCUGUGGUGAAUUCAUGCCAUCCCCAACAGCUACCCCGACCGACCCAACUUCCCUCAAAUGCGCUGCUUGUGGCUGCCACAGAAACUUCCACCUCCGGGAACCCGAAGACCCACCCCUAGCAACAGCCACCGCCACAAUAGAAUAUCAGCCUCACCACCGCCACCAUCCACCACCUCCGGCGACUCAGCCACAUCGUAGUCCUAACUCAGCUUCCCCACCGCCGAUCUCAUCAUCUUACUACCCUUCAGCUCCCCACAUGCUUUUAGCUCUUUCAGGAGGCCUCGCAGGUGCAUUAGACAAUACUCAUAAUAACUCUCAUUUACCAGCUGGGGCUGGAGCUGUUACCCCAAACGCCACAAAUCUUUGUUCCAACUCGAAGAAAAGAUUCAGAACAAAGUUUACGCAGUUGCAGAAAGAUAGGAUGCUGGAGUUCGCGGAGAGAGUUGGAUGGAAGAUGCAGAAACGAGAUGAAGAACUUGUCCAAGAGUUUUGCAGUGAGGUUGGGGUUGAUAGAGGUGUGUUAAAAGUUUGGAUGCAUAACAAUAAGAAUACUUUUGGGAAGAAAGAUCAAGCCAACGGAGGAGGAAGUGGAGGUGUUGGAAGUAGGAAUAAUGGCAGUGGCAAUAACAAUAAUAUUGAUAGCGAACUCAACCAUGAAGAAAACCAUGAGAGUCAUGAGAAUAACAACAACAGUGGUCAGAAUCUGAACCAUCACUUUGAGAGUGAUAGUGUUGCUCAUGUUGGAACUAAUGGCUCUUCUUCUUCCUCUUGAUGUUGAUGAUGAGCUUCAUCUUUUCUUUCUGAUGGGGAGAUAAUAAGCUGUUAGAUAGAGUAAGGACUUGUUUAUUAGCUGUUUCCUUUCUUUUCUUUCUUCCUUAUUUCUCUUUUCCUUCUGAUCAUUUUGUUCUUAAUUAGUUUAAUUAAUGAUCAUCACUUUGUUGAGGAUAUAACAUGGGAAGAGCUUUGAUCCUAAAGGGAAUUUAUUUUCUUUCCUUCACUGUUUCUAUUAAAUUUUGGAUUUUUGGGGAUCGUAAACUUCCAUGGUUUCUGUUUCCAGGCAGUGGGAAAGAAUUCUUAAAUUUUCGAAUC